AAAUCGAAUCUCAAAACGAACGAGGUCCAUGUCCAUCCUUGAUACUGAGUCUCGUCCGAUGUGCGAGAAUCGUAGCGCAUCGUCAGCUACGGAACGUGUUUAUAUCGUGCAUAAAACUCUGGUAAGCACAAGGAAAAAGUUGUUUUUCCAAAUCCUGUCGAACAAUGGACGAGCGGAUGAGCGUGAGGCGGGGAUACUUGUUUGCUAUCCACAUGUUUCGGCGGUGGAAAUCUUUGUGUUCGCGUUCGCAGAGCACUAUGCACUUCUUUAUCUGCCGUGAGAAGAUCCUGAAAGGUGUUGCCUUGAAAACCUGAAACGUAGACAAGGAAGUACACAGACGAUGUUCAACAUGGUGGGUAAGGAGCAAGGAUGAACACAGCCACAUAUUCCAAUGAUUCUUGGCAUCGGCGUCGAUGUCGUCCACCUCCCUCGCAUCGCGGCGCUCAUAGCUCGUCGUGGACCAGAAAGAUUUGCUCAAAGGAUACUCAGCAACGAAGAACUGCAAUCGUGGAAGGCCAUCCACGAGGUUGACCGCGCUAGGUUCUUGGCUGUCCGAUGGGCGGUCAAAGAGGCCGCAUACAAGGCGAUGUACCCUACUGUCAAGCCUACAUGGAAACAUCUUUCGUUCCGGAGCUUAGGGCAGGAAUUCAAUGGCAGUAAACCUUCGCUGAUCUACCGUCCCCCGUCCCUCGGCACCUCGGUGGGUGAGAUACACAGUUCCGUCAGCCAUGACGGAGAAUAUGUGUUCGCUUCCGUGUUAAUCUGUCGACGGACAGAAUAGUCCCACCAUUGGGGCCAUUGAGGUUCAACUAUCCACGUUGCAGAAUCAUCAGUCUGCAGGGAGAACUGCUGGGGUUCUUCUUCCGUCAAAUAUGCAUUCUUCAGGUGUUCUAAUCGGAACAGGGCCAGGCCAUGCCCAUGCAGCGAUGUCAGAAGUUUACUGGUUCCCCGCGGACGCGGAGAUUUAUUCUGGGAAUCUUCACGAGG